UGUCAAUAUACAAUUCCCAAAAUGUCUCUUGCAAAAUAUCAAUACAUAACACUGUCAACUGUCAUGUGCACAAGUGUCAUUUCAAAUACAAUUUAAUUUUAUUGGUCAUACAGUUGUCGUAUUUUUCCUAGUGAUCGAAGAUGGGUGGUCACGGUCAUGGGGCUCCCUACACAAUACCAAAGUAUACUGAAUUCAAUAUUAAAGGCAUCCCGCAACUGGAAGAACUUGAGAAAGCUCUCGCCCAAAAAGGAUUGAAGGACCCCUGGAUCAGGAAUGAAGCCUGGAGGUACCAUCCUGGUUUUGGUACAAAGCUUCAGAGAGCUCGUAAACUGUUCUUCCGUGGGCUACCCCUCGGUUUAGCUCUCACUGUUGCUACCGUUGCCUUCGACAAACUGAUUGGUGGAGAGGAUCAUGACCACGGACACCAUUAGUGUUUGGAUUGUAACAGAAUGUUGAUGUUAGCUAAUGUUAUUUAAUAUAUCUGGUAAAUAUAUUUGUCAUUUACAUUUAAAA